AUGUCCCACCCCAACGCAUCUCAGUUCGUUGAUGUCUAUGAUGUCAGCAAUCUUCUGGAGAAGAUGAUGCAAUAUUGGUGGAAUCAAGUUAAGACAAAGGAUGUCUCGAAUACUUACAAGGCAAAACUGGCCGAUUCUUUCACUCAGAUGGCAUGGGCAGAAACAGAAAAAAUUGGAUGUGGAACCUCUAAAUGUGAUGAGAAUGGAAAGUAUAAACAAUAUUUAGUAUGUCUCUAUGAUCCACCUGGAAACCAAAAAGAUGAACCAGUCUAUAUGGAAGGCGAGCCUUGCACGCUAUGUAGAAGGUAUUCUGGUUCAGUAUGCCAUAAAGAUCUAUGUGUUGGUGGUGAAUCAGGUAAUUAG